AUGGCAUCGAUGAAGUUUGAUCUACUGCUGCUAGAUUACAAGACGAGAUUUGCGCUGUGGCAAGCAUUGGAUGAUUUCAGAGGCAAAGGGCAGAAAUCAUGGACCGCUGAAGAGAAGCGGAAGGAUCGUAAGACUCUGUCUCUGAUUCAACUUCAUCUACAUAAUGAUAUUUUGCAAGAAGUGCUGCAGGAGAAAACUAUCGUAGAACUUUGGCUCAAGCUGGAAUCGAUCUGCAUGUCCAAGGAUCUAACCAGUAAGAUGCACGUGAAGAUGAAGUUGUUCACGCAUAAGCUGCAAGAAGGUGGUUCGAUGAUGAACCACUUAUCGAUCUUUAAGGAGAUCAUUGCCGACCUAGUGUCGAUGGAGUUUGCAAAUUUUCGAGAUACCAUACUAUUAAGCUAUGAUGAACUAACCCUUGCUAAAGUAUAUGAGGUCCUCCAAUCGAGGGAGAAGAUGAAAGGUAUGGUUCAGUCUAAUGUGUCGUCCUCCAAGGGCAAAGUGUUGCAGGUUAGAGGCAGGCUCGAGCAGAAAACCUACAACAACAAUAAUCGAGACAAGAGCAAGAACGGUAGAGGCCGUUCAAAGUCUAGAGGUAGGGAUGAGUUCUGCAGGCAUAUGAGUGAACUUAGUAUGGCAGAAUUGAUCAAGAGAGACCUGCUAGAUGGUUGCACUAUGGGUAAGAUGAAGUUCUGUGAGCACUGUGUUUUUGGUAAGCACAAGAGGCACUCACCUCCUAUUUUGCAGCCUCAAAAUCAGUCUAUUGCAGAUCGCAGAACAAAGAGGAAUUAUGGAUCUCAUCCACGUUUAAUUAAGGAAUGUGAUAUUGUUCAUUAUGCCUUUAGUUGUGCUGAACAGGUGGAGAACAUUCAUGAGCCGGCUACGUACACUGAAGCUAUUAUUUCUGCUUUACAAUGUGCUAGUAUAGAUGAGGAUUUUGAGUACAUGUCAAGAGUUUCAUAUUCUAGUGCUGUUGGUUCUUUGAUGUAUGCCAUGGUUUGCUCUCGUCCUGAUUUAUCAUAUGCUAUGAGUUUGUUUGGCAAGACUGAUAAGGGACUCACUGGCUAUGUGGAUUCAGAUUUUACUGCCAAUUUGGAUAAGAGGAGAUCUCUCAUAGGUUAUGUGUUUAUUAUUGGUGGUUGUGCUUUCCUGGGCGGCACCGACGCAAUAGAUGAUAAUUCUUCUUUGAACUAUGAGAUGGCGAUUAUUUCACAUGAGCAAGGAUAG